AUGUCAGAUUUCAAAGCAGAAAUCGAUACUGUGGAGUAUAACGAGCGAGAGGCUAUUCAACAACAGAAUCACGGCCAUCAUGUUGUUAUGGUCCAAGGAAAUGAGGAGGAGUCUGGUAGUGUCUACCAAUUAGGUUGGAAGACCAUUCUGGCUCUCAUAUCCCUUUCUAUGGCGAACUCUUGUGCUGCUUUAGCCAAUACCGCCAAUACAGUCAUCAAAUUCCAGGUUGCAUCGGUUGCUCAAGGCCCUGCCGACGCAGCUCUUGCAUCAUGGAUUGCUAACGGAAGCUUCCUCGUCGUUCUUGCUCUGGGUCCAAUCUUUGGCAGCCUGAGUGAUAGGGUUGGAAAGAAGUGGUUUAUGGUCUGUGGUGCCAUUAUUGGUGUAGUAGGAAGUGUAAUUUCGGGAAAAGCAGAAAAUAUCCAUCAGAUUAUCGGAGGCAAUAUCUUGUCUGGAGCUGCCAAUGCUGGCUGUGUUAUUUCGAUCUCAGCAAUCCAGGAGAUUAUGCCGAACAUACACCGUCCAUGGGCUAUAGGCUUUUCUCAAGCCAUGGCUAGCGCCUUCGUCGUUCUUGGCACGUUUCUCGCUGCCUUUUUCGUCAAAAUUAAUACUGGAGGUGCUGGUGGAUGGCGUUGGGCGUACUAUUUGAAUGGGAUUAUGUAUGGAGUUACAGCAAUUGCUAUUUGCCUUGCAUAUUUCCCGCCUCCUCCUAGACUCGGUCGCCACAAGAUGCUGAAGAGUAUCACGAGCGAAAUCGAUUAUAUCGGAAUUCUCCUCAUGUCAGGAUCAUUCGCUUCCCUCAUAAUUGGCCUCACCUGGGGUGGAACUACCUACGCUUGGAGCUCGGGGAAAGUUAUUGGAACUGUCACAGCUGGAAGUUUUGGUCUCCUACUUUUUGGACUUUAUGAGGCUUUCGUCGUCACCGAGGGAGUCUUUGAUCAUCGACUCUUCGAAACCAUGAAUUUCCCCAUCUUACUUUUUGUCUGCACAGUCGACGGCAUGCUUCUUCUUGGUGUAAACGUCUUGUACUCUCAGGAAAUCUAUGAUUUGUUUUCCAACGAUGCUGUCCGCAUUGCCGUCAUUCUCUCGCCAUAUUUGAUCACAUCCACCUUCGGCUGCCUACCCGCUGGGUGGGUUAUGGCUUCAACAAAGUCAUACCGCUCGAUGUUGGUCGGGGCCUUGUUCUGGUGUGCCUUAUUCACAGGUCUCAUGGCCACGGUAACUUCAAGCAGACUCCCGAUGGCACUUGCCUUCUCCACUCUCUUCGGUCUCGGAACUGCCGUGACCACCACCAUCCCAGGUGUCGCCUUGGGAUUAUCAGUUCCAUCGUUCCUGAUUGGAACAGCCGCUACUGUCAGUGUCAGUUGCCGUGCAUUGGGAGGCAUCAUUGGCAUUACGAUUUUCACCGCCAUAUACGAUAAUAAAUAUGCUGAGCUUGUAGGACCAGAAAUCGCUGCUAAUACUUAUGCACCGAUUCUUAUCGACGAGAGCGCGAAGGCGUGGAAAUAUGUUUGGAUAGCUGUGGCAUCUCUUAUUGCAGCAAACGGAGUAGCUGCGUGCUUCUUGAGGAGCGUCGCACCGAUGAUGAACCACCAUGUAGAAUCUGCGCUGGAGCCAUCAAAACUUCGUGAAGCUCAACUUUCUUAA